AUGCCAACUGGUCCAGACGAAACUCACCAGCACGAAUCAAGUGCAGGUGCCGCAACUGAGCACGUUAUGAAGAACUCAUCCUCGAAAACCGAUAGCCAUGCUAGCGACCAUCCUAUUCAUGAUCAAGGUGAAGUGAGAGGAGAUAAAGUUCAAUUCCGUCACCACGAGGCAAACCCAGGGCCGGUUGUUCCUGAAAGUAUGCCGGAGCAAGAAGGAUCCAAGGCGGAUCGUCAAGCAAGGACUGCUGCUUUGAAUAAGUAA